AUGGCGGCGCCACCCGCCCGCACAGGCCCCGCACUCCCGGGCCCUGGCCACGCCCCUCAUCCGCCACUCUCAAGGCAGGCUCCUCUGGCUGCUCAGACUGUCUCUAGGCAACCUCCCCAGGUCAUCCGGGUCACCAGCGUAGCCACGCCCCCAGGCGGCGGGCGUGCUCUGACCUCCGAGAUUCCAGUUAUUCCAGCCAGCAGUGAGCUGAAGACGCGGAGCAGGGCUGCUACCGUGAGCAGCCAUACACGCUGGGUUAGGGCCGCGGGACUGCUGUCCUCAGGACUCCUGCGCCCUCUACAGGCUUCUCAUCCUCGUGGCUCCUUCCUUCCCCGGGAUCAUUUUGACUUUAGGGAAGAGCCAGAGGUCACACUGAGCCAGGGCGGGCGAAUCAGGCAGAGGAGGACACAGUGUGUUUUUACAAACCCACCUUUCUGUGCGAAGUCCCUCAGCAAUGUCGUUGACUGUACCUUUGACUACACCUUGGAGAGAGGCUCACUGAAGAACACUUCCAGAAUGGCUUUAGAAAAUGGCAAGGACAACAGGGUGAAGCAAGUCAAAGCAAAGGCAAGUAUUUAGAGGGGAUCAGUGGCAAUUUAUCUUUUACAAUUAAUUUUAAGUGUGGACAUCCACUGCAGCCUCCCAUCACCAGUAAGAUUCCCACUCAGCUUCCCAAGAUUUCCCAUGACUUUCUGCUUCACAAUUGCUUAGAGUUUGGGUUUCUUUUAUUGUCAGUCACGAGCUCUUGCAGGCACAAAGGACAAGAUCAUAAAGAGGUACAGGCCUCAUGCAAAGCCCCGGGGAAAGCUGUAGUGGGGCUUGUCUGGGUCCUUGGGGCUGCUGUGAGGAGGGGUGCCAGGCUUAGUGCCUCAGUAGCUGUUCACCGCUGGGUCCUUACAACCUGUGGUUUGGGUCCAGCCUUUCAAAGCAAAGCUCAGGGUCACUGUUCUAUGCCAUUAGUUCUGAAAGCCAAACUGCCCUUUGGGAGCCACCUUGGGUAUUUCUGCUGUUUUAGUCAUCACAGUAUUGGAGGCAAAGUGGGUGUGCCUCUGGGGAAGACCCGUCCCCAGCCCUACCCCUACAAGGACCCAGGAAUGUCCAAAGGACGCUCACAUAAAUAAAGGCCUCGCCUGAAGGUUGACUCCACUUUGCAGUUAAUAUAUUCUUUAAAAUGUACAGUAAAAUUUCCAGCAAUUGUAAAAUGAGAGAAUUCCAUGUUGCUGUUUGAAGCUUUGAACAGUCCUUACGUAUCUGGGAAAAGUAAUGUCAUUCCAAAGCCCCUCAUGGUGUCUGAGUCCCCCUUUCUUGUCUGAAUGUGUCCUAUUUGUUGCUGAAUUCUGCUCAUCAGAGCCAACAAUCUUGUUUUGUCCCUGUUAGGGCUUGAUGCUUAGUUUUGCAAGCUAGGUGACUAGGUAGAAUACACCACCAAGAAUUUUAUCUUAUUCAAAACAUUUGUUAUUUUAAAAGGAGCCUCUGGGACUCACAUUUUGAAUGUU